AUAUGUAAGUACUGGCCAUGGGCUAAGCGAGUCACUUCAGAGCAAAACAAGAUGGCAUUAACUGAUACAAAACCAGCCUUGUCACUCAUGCAUGGAAAAUCGCACAGUUGGAACUGUCAGGUUAUUUGGAGUGGAAGAUGGCAAGAAGGUGCUGCUGCAACUCCUGGGGAGGAAGUUGAACAAAUCAACAGCUAUCUCUCCAGACUUGGAUCCACCACCAAGAAUAUGAUAGCAUCAGGUCGCGAGGAUUGCAUCACUGAGCAUCUAUUGAGUUGGAAUAAGCGAAAAAUUUGUAAUCUACCUAAGCUGUUGGUUCUUCGCCUGAAAAAGACGGAAAAGAAACUCGCCGAUGCGAAAACGGAACUUGCUACGUAUGCACGUGAGAUUAAUUUAUCAGACGCUGAUUUGGAUGCCUCAGUUGUGUCAUGGAAAAGAGAUGUUCAGCAGUUUGCUACUGAACAAAAAGCAGGAAAAAAUGUUGACGUUGGGGAUUUAGGAGAAUUCUACCUUUUACAUCAUGUGGUACAAAAUGCUCAACAACUAAAUACGUUUAUAAAACAAAGCAGUUGAAUAAGAACAUGGAAAGAUUGCGUGUUUUGUCGUCCGAGCUUUUGAAUUCCACUGUAACAGAGGAGGAGCUUCUAGCUCGGGGGAAGGUUGAACUUGCGAAAGUAACAUUGUCCAGGUUGCAGAGAAAAUUGGAGAUGCUGUACUUUUCCAUUACGAGGCGGAUGAAGGAGAUUUCGGCGCUUGCUGGUUGGUAUUCUAGUAAAAGGAGAUCAUCUAUGCGAGCAAAAUGCUCAAGGGAAAAAACAGAAAUAGCGUCCACAGUAGAAGAGUUAAACUCAGUUAACAGCCUUCUGAAACUGCCUGCAACAAGUGCUGAAGCUAUUCUUGCGGGAGAUUUUCUUUGGUCGUUUAGUGAGGAACCAGCAACUACGAAAAGUCUUCCUGUACGCUACAAAGCACAAGUAGUAGAAAAGUUCAUGCUGGUUCAAAGGCUAAAAGAAGAAGAGGAUCAAAUAAGAAAAGAAAUGAAGAACUUCCUCGUGUUCUAUUUAAAGAAUAUUUUGGACAACCUUCAUCAAAGAAAAGCAGUCAUUAAUGAGCGGAUAGCUUUUAUUCACGACGUCAAUGAACCUGAUGACAAAUAUCAAAAUGAAAAUGAGAACUUAUUGGGUGAUAGGAAGUGUUAUUCCUUGCGUUGCGAAAGAAUCGAGACAUUGCAGGGUCAACUUGCUAUUACUAACAAAGGAAUAGCUUUUGCCAAAAGCCAGAUUGCAGUUGGUUUGAAAUAUUUUCGACAUCUAGAUACUUCUCUGGCAUGCCUGGAAGAAAUUGAUGAUAAAUGCGAUGAUGAUGAUGAUGAUGAAUAUUACAAUGAAAGUGAAGAAGAUUGGUCAAGUGACGACAAUAAUGAAUUAGAAUAAUUU